CCGGCUCGGGAUUUCACCAAGCUGGAAUCUGCUGGACAUCCAAAUCCGGUCGUGGGUGACCAAGGGCAUUGAUGUCCCCCCAAAAAUUCGCUCCACAUGCAUCUCUGACCCUGUUGUUCAACACAAAAAUCGUCUCGUCCAUGGCGAAUCACUGAUCUGCUUGGAUGGAUUUCCAUACUCGUCUGCACCUUUAAUUACUAGCCCAGAUCUGGUCAAUGCCACACAAAGAUCAGACGAUAGAUAUAAUGCAAAGGCAUGCCCUCCCUAGAAAAAGCCUUCUGCUCUAUCACAACUUUUGUUCCUAUACCACCUUAUCGACUACCGACAGCGUCCCUCACGGAAGAAGGUUGAUCCUUUUGUUUCGAGUCCCAUUGCAUUUGCCUAUCAAAUGCUCUGCUCGGAAACUGAUAUUCAACCUAUAUAACAGCAUUAUAUAGACGGGCUUCGAAACACGAAAAGUCGCACUGCACUUAAAAACAAAGAACCAACACCGCAUCAACCAGCCCCGUGGAAACCUAACACGGCCCAGCAGUGAUCCAGGACGUAGAAAGUGUGCUCCCAGCGACCUGCGAAAGCAGUUCGUUGUGGCGGAAUCCAUGCAUGUCUGGGUAUCGGCCAGGCCACGAUACAAAUCCAAAUCCAUAUAUCGAUUAUGUUCCUCAAUCCGAGUCUCAUGCCGAGGAGAGGGUCUUCGGGUCUCAUUCAGAAAUUCAGCAGCACGGAACCGGUCAAGGCCUCAGUACACCUCAUGGACAACACUACGGAGGGCAGCAACAUCCACAACAUCAUCAGCAGUCAGCUCAUUCGCAACACCAAGCAUAUCCGGGGCCGCUGGCACCCGAAAUGGCCCACCAUCAAUCACCUCAAUAUGGUGGUGGGCAGCCCCAUAUGAUGUUUGGACCACCACGCCCGAUGCCAUCAGCUUCCGGAAUCAAGAGACCACGAGACGAUGAUGAUUUACAGGAGAUGGGGUUGCCACUGCCGCAAAUGGGAGACAUGUCGAUGCCCCCACACAUGCAACCACCGCCGAUGGAGGGAUUUUCGUCCAUGCAUCCUCCACAACAGCAAUUCCAUGGACAUCCGCUCCCACCGUCUCUCCAUCCCCCAAAACGAGCUCGCGGAGAUGAGCAUAGUUCAAGCAUGCUGUCACCGCCACCUGGGGGAGCCCCCAGUAUGGUAGGGCAUCCAGAUAUGCCAGAGCCCGCUCAGCGGCCGCGUGGGCCAAAGCUAAAAUUUACUCCCGAAGACGACCAAAAGCUGGUGGAUUUGAAGGAGAACAAGAAUCUGACGUGGAAGCAAAUUGCGGAGUUUUUUCCAGGACGGUCUUCAGGCACAUUGCAAGUUCGCUAUUGUACAAAGUUGAAAGCGAAGACAACGCAAUGGACUGACGAGACUGUAAGUUUCAAAACACCACACCUUGAGUUCUUUAUUUUAAUAAUUUCAUCAGAUCCAAAAACUUCGCACUGCCCUUCAUGACUACGAGCAAGAGAAGUGGCGUAUUGUGGCACAAAAGGUGGGCACAGGCUUUACAUCUGCUGCUUGCAAAGAGAAAGCUAUGGAGUUAUAGCAUUCAGCGUCUCCAGCAGAAGCACCCGCUUCUGAUCCUGGGGACACCGAAUAUUAGCUCAAAGCAGCAGAGCAUUGAGAACUCUCUCGAUGUAAUCGAUCGCCUAGCUCUCAGGCCGACGUUCUCCUUCAAAUCCGAAAUCCGUCAAAUCACUUAAACUCUGUCACCUUACGACAAUCCUGACGAGCAUCCUCUUGUCAAGCUCCUUCCACUAGGAGCAACUACAUAACUAUAUACGACUGCACUUGUUUAAGAUCACUUCGCGACUGGGGCGCGUACUUUCACAUCACACAUCUUUUCCUUCGUUACAUAACAGUACAUUUUGCAACGACAACGACUUCGACUAAAGACAACUACUUCUUCUAAUAUUCUUGGCCCAUUCCUCUCUCUUCCGCUGGAUGGAUUAUCAAAAUGGCGGUGAAAACGAACGAUAUGGAAAAACAUGGGUUGGGUUGUUAAUCAAUCAACACCACCUUUGGCACAUGAUGGAAGGCAGGCGUUACUUGGAAAGGUCCUAGUUGCACCGAGGUAUAUAUGUACGGGGCACUCCUCUUCUGCCUACACCACAUGCGCAAAGCAAAAAAAAUAGGAAUAGGAGGGGAUUGCACAGCGAGGCGCAGGGGAAAGCGGUCAUUUUUGUUCAUUGCAUCAUCACUAAUUUCCUUGUUCUGUUUGGUUUCUGGUUUUUUGAUUUUAUCACCUCCUUGUUUCUUGCGCAAAGACUAUACCCCGAACCACUAGCGAUUUUGCUCUCGUCC